AUGGCGACCUCCUACCAGAACUCCGACCAGACCUCCGAUCAGACCUCUCAGGCUCCACAAACACCUGGGCACCAGGCCUCCCGUGAUCAACAUGUCGCAGCGCGUACACUACGAGCUCAGGGCUAUACCUAUUCCCAAAUUUCACUAGAAUUAGGUAUUACACAGCGCCAGGUCCAAAAAGCCUGUACGGAUAAGAGGCCUACACCACGUAAGGCCCCUGGCCGCGCUCGGAAGUUAUCGGAAGAACAGCUAGAUGAGAUAAUAGAUUUUAUCACAUCUUCGAAGGAGACACGAUGA